GCUUUUUUGACUUAAAUUAAUGGCGGCUGAAUUGUAUCUGUUUUGUUCGUAAAAUCACAUUCCCCAACCUCAAAACAUGCAGCCAGCCAGCGGUUUUUAUCGUAAAAGUCAGACGAAUUUGGCAAGAAGACCAGCCAAGGUUGUGCCAGUGGGCGCUUGGGUCGAGUUAGAGUCCCAAAAUAGCCGGGUUAAAUGUGGUGCAGUCGUGUCUGCUGAACAGGAAGAGCAACGGAUCCUGCAGGCUCAGGCAGAGAAGCAUGCCAAGCUGGAACGAUUCCGACGGGACGUUAAACAGCGGGUCCGGCAGCUGCAGCUGGUCAAACAGCAAGAGCUGCUGAACGAGUCCUUCCAUGCGGUUGAACUGCAAAGCAACGUCGUCCAGCAGAGCUCCCAUGCUGCCGAGCGCUCCACGCCAAAGAAAGAUCGCUGCCUGUAUCGUCAUGACAAUGAGGCCCUUGCCAUUGGUCAUUCCUCAGAUAACGUGACGUCUGGCAGCGAAUCGGAAGCCGAGGUGGCUGUCCGCGUCGACGGCGGUCAGCUGACAGAACGAUCGCACCGGGUGCAUCGCAUCGUGUCGCAGGCCAAGCGCAGCCUGGCUGCCAAGCAGAUGUGCCAACCACAGGCCAAUCUUCCCGGCGGAACAUGGGGAAGCCAGUACUCAAGGGACAGACAGAUACAUGAUCCAGUAAAUGCAGAUGAGUCAGGAAGCAAACAACAUGUCAACGAUAUCGAGAGCGAAACAACGGACAGCGACACAAGGAUCCCCCAACAGACAAUCGACGAACUCUCCAGUUACGGAGAGGGGGAAAACCGCCCUCCCUCUGGAUCACAUGACCCGGACGCUUUGCGCCGCUUGGCCGGGGUCCCGGCCCCUAAGACGGUGACCUUUUCUGGCGACCUGGGUAGGGCGAGAGGUCGCGGGGUGACAGGUCAAGGAGAAUCUGCAAGAUGCAGUGUCAAGACUAGAGCGCAGGGCGACCUCUGUGAUAAAUAUGCAAAUGAUAUGCAGAUGAGGUCAGAGGUCAGACCAAAGCCGAACAGGAGGGAGAAGGAGCAUGUCAAAAUGUCAAGGACCGUUCCAGAGCUGCAUCCUGGUGUUCUUAAGGAGGAAAACAAAAGAAGGGUUGGCAACCAGUAUUCCAUGUACCGUCGGCUGUUCAUGGACAUCGAGCGGGAACAGGUGCGAGAAAACAUCCGCAAGAAGGAACAUCAGAAGAACAUUCAGAGUCUCAAGGAAGAGAAAGAGAGGGACCGGAGGAGGGCGGAAGCCGAUGCCCACCAAAGGGUAGAGCCCAGGAACCACCUGACGGGGGAAACGGAAGAGGAGGUGCUUCAGCGCCAGAGGGAGGAACAGCAGCAGAUGGAACAGGUCAUGCAGAGGGAGAGAAACAAAAGACAGAAGAGCACCGAAAUAAGCAGAUACAUCCGUGCCCUGAAGGCGAUGAUGCGGGAGAAGAUAGAACAGAUGGGCCUGGAGGUGCCGCCAUUGUGUGCCUGCGGGCCGAGUGUCUGGGACGCCAACCCUGAAACCUGCGCCAACAAUUGUCUGUUCUAUAAGAAUCCAAAAGCAUAUGCGAAGGCUCUCCAUACUCUACUGGUGUCAUGUGACCUGAGCUAGCAAGACUGAUUCAGCCGCCCGUCCACAUUUUUCCUCGCAAUUGAUAUUUCAGUUUUACUCAAAAUGUGCAUGUGUACGCUGUCUUUGAAAAAAAAAAUUCUUUGGUUAUGCAGGGAUAGUUCAACAGGAAAUGUAUUAGUCGUCACGUCGUACGUUACGUUAUCGCUCUUCUGGUCUGCGAUGUAUUUGUUGCGGCGAUCUGUCUGAAGAUCAGGAAGGCAUUGCAGUGAGAGUACUAUAGUGGUGUUCCCCAACAUGGCGCACUUCGACGUUUACCUGACUUUCCUCGUGUAGUGUCGCCAAACCUCUUUGGUGACAAACCUCAAAUUCAUGCAGUGAAAUACUGGUACUUUG